AUGAAUUUGUUGGAUGAUGAAGAUGACCAAAGCUUUCACGCUACGCGUGACGGCUACUCCCAUUUGAGCGAUGUCGAAUGGGAUGCGGUUGAACGAAUGGGUUCAACCAUGGACAUCCAUGCUGUUAGCGUCAUGCUAGAGGCUCUCAAUAGAGAUGCCCAACAUGCUACUAUCGCCAAGUUCAUUCAAAAUGAACUUGACGCAGAACGCGAGAAAGUAGCCUUGCUUCACCAACAAGGCUGUCAACAAGCAGAGUUGUUGAGAGAACAGGGUGCUCAACAGUUUGAACUGUUGAGACAGCAGCAGGCUGCUGCUGGCGGGUCGAUGCACUCGCGUCGACCCAAGACCUUGAAGAUUGACAUCUCCAAGGCGCGUCGCAUCGACGACGGGGAUAUGCAAGUUGCAUUUGCCCAGUCAAAUCUGGCAGGACGUGCCAAGACUUGGGCACUGGGGCUCAAGUUGCACGACCCAUAUGCGUUUGGGUCGUUGGAAGUCUUCAAGUCGCGGCUCAAACAAACGUUUGAACCGCCUAGAGCUGAGUUCAGAGCUCGAACCGAACUCUUGAAGCUCAAGCAGGGUAAGCGUGAUGUGCACGCUUACGCGCAACAUAUACGACAUCUCACGAGUUGUAUAAGUUCCAAUCCGGUGGAUGAACACACGUUGGUUUCGGUGUUCAUGCAGGGUCUUGCGGAUGGUCCCGUCAAGACUCACCUGUUCCGGCUUGAACUAGAUUCACUAGAACAAGCCAUUUCCAUUGCGGAGCAGGAAGACUUCAGUCUGAGACAGGCUCGCGCCAGCUCGACAUCAUAUCGUCAACCGAGACGAUAUGACAGCGGAGGUCCAGAGCCGAUGGAACUCUGUUAUGUAGAGAGCGAGAAGGCUCGCUCUACAGGCUACAAGAAGCUGCAGAGAUGCAACAGAUGUCAAAAGACAGGACACUACGCUUACGAGUGUAGUGCCCCUCGUCCAGUGUCUCGCGACAUUGGGCGUAGUGACCGUCCACCCAUGAGAAAGGGGCAGGGACGAGGGUCCGCAGUUGGUGCAAAGACGCAACAACGGGAUGGACCGUCAAAAAACGGACAGGAUCAGUAG